GAGGUCAUCCAGAAGUUAAACUUCUACACGUGGAUCGAGUACCGCCUGGAUGAAGAGCAGAACGCCGAGGCACUCAACGAUGAGGUCUUGGGUCUAACGAACUGGGAUGACAUGGCGGCGCUUGGGAACAGAGUCUACAUCAUGUGGCGCAAAGGCAACGAAGAUCAUGCCGACGAGUGUUUAGAAAAGUUGAGGAGGAUGAGACGAGGAAAGAACGGCGACUGGCAGGUCGACCAGGCCCAAGCUCAGCUCGCUUACUGUUACGAGAGACUUGGGGGCGUCAAGGACCUGCUCCAGGCUGAAGACAUGUACACCGUUUUGGUGAAGAAACAUCCACAGGAAUAUUACUGGAAAUACUUGCUGGGUUUGUCGUGUAGGCGCAUCACUCACACAAACGCGUUCGCCUCCAGUAACCAGACAUUGAAUUCAAGAUCCUAUACG